CAUCUCGAUCUCGUCGUUCAAGAAGAUUCAAGAAUUCCGUCGUUGAAUUGUUUCGAAGAAAUCGCCAAGGAAGAAUUUGUCGAAGGUUUUCUCCUGGUCGGAGGAACAUACACGUUUCACAUAAUUACAGAGCUCUUUAGUCGGUGACGUAAAUUUUUGGUGCGACAGUGUUAUCGAGCAAGUUAAAAAUUUUCCGAAGAUUCACCAAAUUUGAGUCGCGCCCGAAGACACAUUUCGAAGAUCGGCGAACGAGCGAAUCUUCGAAUAUGUUCAUCACGAUCUGAGCGUGACAUCCGGCGAGCCUGAUUACCCAGAUCGUAAUUGAAACACAAUCGACACAAUGGUGGCCGAACUGACUGACAUUCCCGUUGCGAACGUAGAACGAAAGACACCGACGGCCGAUCCAGAACAGUUCAGGUCCUCGGCCAAGCCAAAGAACAGACCCAAGUGGAUCGAGGCUGCUACACGCGAGCCGAUUUACAGUGUCCUCGACAGUAACAACGGCUCGACCAACAAUUUAUCGUCGAACGCGAAGAACAACGUGGUGGUGAUAAGCGCCGUAAAGAACGAGAAACCGAGGAGAACCAGCUCUGAACAAAGGGAAUUGCCCUACGUUUGGCUACCGACCGACAGCGACAAACCAACGACGUUUCAAGAUUCGACGAUACGCGAGGAGGACGAGGACCCGCUUUACAGCGUGGUGAGAAAGCCGAAAAAAGUCCGGUUGAGCGAGAGCAGCUACUAUCUCGAGGGAAAGAAACUUCAGCCGAUAAAGGAACGAUCGACGAAAGAAAGGCAAACACAGCUGGAGGUUUGCUCUCGGCAGGAGGAACUCCGUCGAUGGUUGCAGGUCGCAUCUGAACAGCUACCGGAACCGCGGCGUCUCUUCAGUCUCGGUGAAAUGUACACGAGCCACCACUUGGGAGAGUUUGAUCAGCUGCAAGCGGAUUGGAAGAGGAAGGUGGCGAUGCCCAAGGGGAUCGUCGGUCUGGUAGGGCCUUACCGUGUUUACCAGAAUCCAAACGAGAGACGAGAGUACAUGCUCCAGGAGGAGGAGCUGGUCGAGGAGGAGGUGGUGGACUCGGUGAGUGAAAUCGCGGCGCGUGAGAACAACAACGGGGCCGCCGAACACCAUCAGAGAGCCAAAUGGCGGAUAAGAGAGGACGACGAGGAGACCCUGGUGCCCGAUAUUCGAAAUAUAGCCAGCCUCGAGGGAUUCGCUACGGAGGCGGACAAUAACUCGCCGGAGUGGAAAAAGAUCGACGAUCUUUACAGUAAGAACGACGAGGCGUUGAAAUCGAAGGUGCAGGAACUCGAGGAGGGAAAUAUCGAGGGGAUCGUUUCUGGCAAAGAGGAACGAGCGGUGGACGUGCCUGAGGAAGCUUCGACCGCUUCCACGUCUUCGAUGACAGACAAAAAUGCCAGCAAUGAACAACACGACAAGGACAGCCUGAACGAGACAGGAAGCACAACGGGUGGCACCGUGGAGGGUGUACCUGCAGGUGCCCCGAACAGGGGUGAAAGGAACACCGAGACCGAGACAGCCGCCACAGAGGCAACGAGGUCUGCUCCAUCCAGGUCUCUGGUCUCCAGGAUCCUUUCUAGGACACGGUCUACCAACGAUCUACUAGAUCACUCUGAACCCUUUUCUCAGCUAUGGGUCAUCCUCUCGAACGUUUACGGCCAACUCAUUGUCGUGCUGAUGAUUGCUCUGUGCUUGGCCGAGGUCAUGGACACCCCUGUGCCUUUGCUCAGUUUGCAGGGCAUAUUCCUGAUGUACCUGUACGUGGGGAGUAUAGCAGUGAUCAUCAGCAUCUAUAUUUGGGUUCUGGUGGACAGUUGCGGGAGUUUCGGUACCGGUGCGAUCGGUGUCGACGACGCGGAACUCGGUGGCGCGUCCUUAACCAGGUUCGGAUCGUUGAAACGUGCCCACAUCUCGCGAUCUAGAACGGCACCGACAAGUUUCUACAUUCGGGUUGGAGCGCUUCUUUUCGGCUUGGCGACUCUCGUCUUCAACGGUUUGGAAAUGGCGAUGCAUUCCAUGAUGCAAGGAACGGAAUGCUUGAGCGACGUUGUCUUCGUACAUCCGGUGCUUCACGGGCUAUUUACGUUCCUCCAGAUGCACUUUCUCUUCGUGAACUCGCAGGUUCUCGUGGAGAGAUUCGGUUUGGCAGCGAGGUUCGGAUUCAUACAUCUGACCGCCACGAACAUCGCCGUCUGGGUACGACUGGUGAUCUGGGACUCUGCUCAAGAAUGGACCUAUUUCGUUCACUUGGCGCAACGCGGCCUGCCCAAUUCUGCCUCUCCGUUGAAUCUUCGAGGAUUUCCGGAGUCUUUGAUAAGGCGUUCGCGAGACUUGCUAAGUCAUCCUUCAGUAGAAAAGCAAGUUUUCCAGCCGUAUCAGCCCAUCUCGAACGAGCAAAUCUCGCAGGUGAUUGCUUUGCAAGAAUGUUUGAACACCAACACCCUCGGGCAAUUGUGGACGUCGAGCAUGCCGUUUCUCUAUCCGUUUAUCGUGCAGUUUAGCUUAAUCGCCGCUGCAGUGACGUUUGUAAUGGGUCAGAACGUCGGCCGGAAUCGGUUGUUGCACAAGCAGAAAUUUCACGGUAGCAAAGACUUGACGAGCCACACCAAGGUCGGUUGCGACGGCUCCAGCAAAGGUUUAUUCCUAGGGAUACUGUGCAUGGUAGCUGGCAUAGUAGUCAUACUGAUAUUCCUGGUCGUAAGGGAGGACGAACAUUUCCCUUCGUCGACCCUGUCUUGGCUAACCUGCGGCACGUUGACCAGCAUUUUGACACUGAGCGCCUUAAUGACAGCCAGCGGGCUCGUUCAAGUCCGUCAGAUGUCCGUUGUGUCAAGAGCACCAGCCAUUUUGGAUACUCUAUUGUCGAACGUGGCCCUUUUCGGUGUUCAACUGUACUCCAUCUUCACGAUCGUGGUUUCCGCCUGUUCCUUGGCUCUUCUGGAAGACGAGGACGACGAGACACGCGGGAGACACAUCAUGCUACUCACGGCGUCGAUUUUACAAUUGAUCCAAUGCUUCGCCCAGAGCACGCUGAUCGCCGAAACGUCCAAGAGAUCCUGCAUAACACGUUUCCAAAUAAUAGCCAAGCCAGCCAGGCAGGUGAUCACCUUUCUGCUGUUCAGCAAUUCCGUCCUGUGGGCCUUUGAUACCGUGAUCACGCAAAAUUGGAUCUCGCAAGAACUCCAGCUGAGAUUCUUCGGCGUCCUCGCCUGGGGCAUUAUAUCCAGGAUUGGGCUGCCCCUGUUGAUCUUUUACCGAUUCCACAGCUGCGUGUUGUUACUAGAAGCGUGGAACAAAUGCUAUAGGAUGCCGAGGGGAGAGCAUCCGCUCAACUGACGACACAGAACGCUACAUCCAUGUUCCUCUAGAUUGCAACCGAGAUCGCAUCGCUCUUAUCGCCGCAGAAAGGUGACUAUCAAUCUGCAGCGGGACAACGACAGGUCCUCUACGAUCCAGAGAAGCCCAAAGAAAUUAAUCUGCCCGAAUUUAUGGACGACGAGUUCAAC